AUGUGGUAUCAAGGUGAUGAAGAUGAAGAGCUUUGUUCUAUAAUUGAAAAUAUUGAAAAAAAAGAAAUACAACAAAUUAAAGAUAAAAUCGAAAAAAAACAACAACAGCAACAAGAUCAAUUAUCACUUUCUUCCUCUUCUUUAAUAAAUAAUACAUUAAAUAACAAUAAUAAUAAUAACGAUAAUAAAAUGAGCAGCAAUAAUAAUAACAACGAACCACCUAGAACUAUAUCUACAUCUAACGACUUUGAAAUUUCUAAUAGAUCCGAUCAAAUACUUUCUCCCUCACCAUCAUUUAUAUCAUCCAGUCAAGAUGUUGUAUUUAAUAUUGAACAACUACCAUCACCACCAGAAUCGACAAAAACCAAUUUAAAUAGUUUAUCUUUCAAAGAUGUUACCUCCGAUACAACAACAGCUUCAAAUGAUAAUCCAUUAAAACAAUCAACAAUAUCUAUUGUUUCAAACCAAAAUAAUAAUAAUAAUAGUAAUAACAAUAACGCUAAUGCAUCAACUACAAACCAACCAGCAUUACAAAUUAAUUUUGAAAUACCAACUGAAAUUCCAAAAACUGCUAAAGCAAUCGAGGAGGGAAAACAAGUAUUUGUAAAUUUCUUAAAAGCACACACAUGUUACGAUGUGAUACCAAUUAGUGGUAAAGUUGUAGUGUUAGAUACCAAACUAGCAGUCAAAUCUGCCUUUUAUGCAUUAGAAGAGAAUGGUAUUAAAUCUGCCCCGCUUUGGAACUCUGAACAACACGAUUUCACUGGUAUGAUCACCGUUUCUGAUUUUAUUGAUAUUUUACUUUACUACUAUAGAAAACCAAGAUCAAAUAAUAUUUUUCAAGAUAUGGGUAUGCACAGAAUCGAAACAUUUUGGAGAGAAAUUUCUGUUGAGCGUCCUUCAUCUUUAAUCUCUACAGAACCGGAAACCAAUUUAUAUGAUGCUGCCUCACUUUUAUUAUGUUAUAAAAUUCAUAGAUUACCUGUUGUCGAUAGAAAAGAUACCAACUCAAUUCUUCAUAUUUUAACCCAUUCCAGAAUUUUAGCAUUUAUGAUGAAAAGUUUACCACAAUUACCAGAAAAAUUAUUAUCUGUACCACUUGGAUCACUAGGAAUAGGUACAUUUGCAACAGUUGUAACAGUAAUGACCCAUACACCUUUAGUUGAAGUUUUAGAAUUAUUAUCUGCUAAAAAAAUUUCUGCUGUACCAAUUAUAGAUAGUGAAACAUCAAAAAUUGUUGAUGUUUAUUCAAAGAGUGAUGUAACUUUAAUGUCAAAACAAGGCGUACUUUCACCAUCAGAUUUAAAUUUACCAGUUCACCAAGUUUUAUCAACAUUUACAAAAUUAUGGCAAAGACCUGAACAAAUUUAUACAUGCACACGAUAUGAUAAACUAGGCGAUGUAAUUGAAAAAUGUAUUAAGAAAAGAGUUCAUAGAUUAGUUUGUAUAGAUUCAAGUAAAAAAGUAGAAGGUAUUAUAUCACUUAGUGAUAUUUUAAAUUAUUUAUUAAAUGAUGUUAAACAUAUUUGUUGA